UGAUCUUUUUAACGAUUAGCUUUCUUAUUGCUUGGCGCACUUCUGUAGCUGUUUAUUUGUCCCAAGAAUCGCGAAUGUGUAGAGCCUUUUGGUCUCCUUGCUAGAGAUGAAAACGUGUGGUAUUUUGGUUGUGUUGGCUGUUUUCGCCUCUUGUUCCCUCGUGAGUGAGGUCAGCGGAGGCCCACGGUGGCAUGGGAAAAAGUAUCUUUGUAAUGGCGACGUGGAUAAAUGGUUCAAGAUCAUCUGUAAGCCCCACACUGGCACUCAUGUUUAUUACCCGGGCAAGCGAUCGAUAGUGGAGUCACAAGAUGCUAACGAGGCGAAUCUGUUCCUAAAGCCGAUGCGAGAGAAACGAAACAUCCACGAAGAGUGUUGUAAAGAAGGUUGUACUUAUCACGAGAUUCAAGAAGUUUGCUGAAUCUAAAUCUAUUAAACGUAUCAAAAAUA